UGUGUUUCUGUUUGGAGUGGCAUAUGAUUACCCUCUCAUUUCCUCUCAGCUCUUCCCACUCUCUCAUCUCUCCAUCUCUCCCCUCCUCCCUCUCCUCUCUCCCCUCCUCCCUCUCAGCUCUUCCCACUCUCUCCAUCUCUCCCCUCCUCCCUCUCAUCUCUCCCCUCCUCUCUCUCCAUCUCUCCCCUCCUCCCUCUCCUCUCUCCCCUCCUCCCUCUCCUCUCUCCCCUCGUCCCUCCAUCUGUCUGUGUUUGGAUUUCACAGUAAUACCCUGUUGCAUUCAGGGGCAGACUGACACAUAGGCAGACCUCAAUAGCGUAUACACACACAGUAACGCAUCUACACAACUGACAGACUUUUUCAACACACACACAUUCACACAGCUAUGGAGAGACACAGAUGAUUUAGUCUGUGGUUUACACAGUGAGUUGGUUUUGAGGUUGUGUGGCUGGUUGACUGGCUGGGAUGGGACGAUUUAGUGUCUAGCAUUCUACAGGGACAGACGGAGGACAACAGAAAGAUGACGGGGCAGGUGUUGGGUGAGCUGGCGUCUCAGAGGCUGUCAGUGAAGACAUGGCUGGACGAGGAAUGUGAGAGAGCAGACAGCAACCUGAGUCAUCUGAGUCGAGGCCAGUCUAUGUGUGAUGACACGUCGUCAGAACUACAACGAAUGGCUAUCAUUGACCGGAGAGGACUCACCUCCCAGAACUCCUUCAGAGGGAGAGGAGCCAUGUCCAGGUUGGUCAGCAUGGUGGUGACUUUGAGAGAGUGGGCCCAUAAGAGUUUGGUUGAGGAGCAAGAGAGACCUGAUUCGUUCCUGGAAAGGUUCCGAGGCCCUGAUCUGCAGGCUCCGCCCAGCAGGAUCAGCCAAUCACGACCGGAUGCUGAGCCCACGGACCACAGCGACCACAUACACACUAAGAGUCCAGGUAUGUUGAUAUUAUCUCCAGCUGAUAAUAUCUAUUACCACUGGCUCCUCAUCAUCUCGACUGCUGUGCUCUACAACUGGUGUCUGCUGGUGGCCAGGGCAUGUUUUGAUGAGCUUCAGACGAGUGGUGCCAUCGUGUGGCUUGUGUUGGACUACCUGUGUGACGGUCUCUACAUCUUGGACACAGCCGUCAGGCUACGCACAGGUUUCCUGGAGCAGGGUCUGUUGGUGAAGGACCUAUCUAAGCUGAGAGACAGUUACCUGAAGACGGUUCAGUUUAAACUAGACCUGUUGUCUAUCCUGCCUACGGACCUGUUCUACCUCUCUCUGGGAAUACACACUCCUCUCCUCCGCUUCAACAGACUGCUGCGGUUCAACCGUAUGUUUGAGUUCUUCGACCGUACAGAGACCAGGACCAGUUACCCCAACGCCUUCCGCAUCACGAACCUGGUCCUUUACAUACUGGUGAUCAUCCACUGGAACGCCUGUAUCUACUACUCCUUCUCCAAGGCCCUGGGACUGGGGUCUGACUCCUGGGUGUAUCCCAACCAGACCACUCUGUCGCGGGGUUACAUCUACUGCCUCUACUGGUCCACCCUCACCCUCACCACCAUAGGAGAGACACCGCCACCCGUACGAGAUGAGGAGUUCCUCUUUGUGGUCUUUGACUUCCUGGUGGGCGUGUUGAUCUUCGCCAGCAUCGUGGGGAACGUGGGAGCCAUGAUCUCCAACAUGAACGCUACGCGGGCAGAGUUCCAGAGCCGCAUCGACCAGGUCAAACACUACAUGCAGUUCAGACACGUCAGCCGUGACCUGGAGCACCGGGUCAUUCGCUGGUUCGACUACCUCUGGACCAAUCAGAAGGCGGUAGACGAACAGGAAGUUCUGAAGAGCCUGCCCAAUAAACUGAGGGCUGAGAUCGCUAUCAAUGUGCACCUGGAGACUUUGAAGAAGGUGCGUAUCUUCCAGGACUGUGAAGCAGGCCUGCUGGUAGAGUUGGUAUUGAAGCUGCGUCCCCAGGUCUUCUCUCCAGGAGAUUAUAUCUGUCGUAAAGGAGACAUUGGGAAGGAGAUGUACAUUAUUAAAGAUGGCCGCCUGGCGGUGGUGGGAGAUGAUGGAGCUACUCAGCUGGCCAUGCUCACCUCAGGAAGCUGCUUCGGGGAGAUCAGCAUCCUGAACAUCCGGGGCAGUAAGAUGGGAAACAGGAGAACAGCUAACAUCCGUAGCCUUGGUUACUCUGACCUGUUCUGUCUGUCUAAGAGAGAUCUGACCGAGGCGCUCAGCGACUUCCCUCAUGCUAGAACCCAGCUGGAGCAGAGGGGGCGGGACAUCCUCAGGAAGGAGGGGCUACUGGAUGAAGUGGGAGGAGAAAGCCUGGGAGUGGAGGAAAUGGAGGAGAAGGUGGAGAAGUUGGAGGCGUGUGUGGAUCGUCUCCAGACGCGGUUGGCACGGUUACAAAUGGAGUAUGCCACCGCGCAGCAACGUCUAAAGCAGCGCAUCACGGCUCUGGAACACAGCGUCGGCACCACGGUUACCGUCGGGAGCGGUUUCCUGUCCGACGCCGACGGCAACGAGAGUGGCGGUGACGACGGAACACGCAGUGAGAUCAACAUCAGACUGUGACAACAACGCUGUAUCGCCAUAGAGACAGCUGGAAGAGUGUUUAUCUUAUUUACUCUCUGUUUUAUUUAGUUAGAUUUAUAUUUUGUGGCAGAUUUGAAAUCUGUUGUUGUUUAUGUCUGUAAGCAGGGUGUCACUGCGUUUAAUGAUGGUGUAACGCUGAGUCUACCUGUAAGCUACUGUAUGUUCAACAAUGUAAAAACAAUGAUUUCACCUUAACUUCCUGUUAAUGACAACCCAAAUAAUAACUUCCAAUAGUUAUUAUUUUACUUGAUGGUUAUUUUGGAAAUAUCAGAGCUCUCUACCAGGCGGUUGAGAAGUCAACAGGAAAUAACAGAUCUCUCUCUACCAGGCGGUUGAGAAGUCAACAGGAAAUAACAGAGCUCUCUCUACCAGGCGGUUGAGAAGUCAACAGGAAAUAACAGCUCUCUCUACCAGGCGGUUGAGAAGUCAACAGGAAAUAACAGAUCUCUCUCUACCAGGCGGUUGAGAAGUCAACAGGAAAUAACAGAUCUCUCUCUACCAGGCGGUUGAGAAGUCAACAGGAAAUAACAGAUCUCUCUCUACCAGGCGUUUGAGAAGUCAACAGGAAAUAACAGAUCUCUCUCUACCAGGCGUUUGAGAAGUCAACAGGAAAUAACAGAUCUCUCUCUACCAGGCGGUUGAGAAGUCAACAGGAAAUAACAGCUCUCUCUACCAGGCGGUUGAGAAGUCAACAGGAAAUAACAGAUCUCUCUCUACCAGGCGGUUGAGAAGUCAACAGGAAAUAACAGAUCUCUCUCUACCAGGCGGUUGAGAAGUCAACAGGAAAUAACAGAUCUCUCUCUACCAGGCGGUUGAGAAGUCAACAGGAAAUAACAGAUCUCUCUCUACCAGGCGGUUGAGAAGUCAACAGGAAAUAACAGAUCUCUCUCUACCAGGCGUUUGAGAAGUCAACAGGAAAUAACAGAUCUCUCUCUACCAGGCGUUUGAGAAGUCAACAGGAAAUAACAGAUCUCUCUCUACCAGGCGGUUGAGAAGUCAACAGGAAAUAACAGAGCUCUCUCUACCAGGCGGUUGAGAAGUCAACAGGAAAUAACAGAGCUCUCUCUACCAGGCGUUUGAGAAGUCAACAGGAAAUAACAGAUCUCUCUCUACCAGGCGGUUGAGAAGUCAACAGGAAAUAACAGAGCUUUCUACCAGGCGGUUGAGAAGUCAACAGGAAAUAACAGAUCUCUCUCUACCAGGCGUUUGAGAAGUCAACAGGAAAUAACAGAUCUCUCUCUACCAGGCGGUUGAGAAGUCAACAGGAAAUAACAGAGCUCUCUCUACCAGGCGGUUGAGAAGUCAACAGGAAAUAACAGAGCUCUCUCUACCAGGCGUUUGAGAAGUCAACAGGAAAUAACAGAUCUCUCUACCAGGCGGUUGAGAAGUCAACAGGAAAUAACAGAUCUCUCUACCAGGCGGUUGAGAAGUCAACAGGAAAUAACAGAUCUCUCUCUACCAGGCGGUUGAGAAGUCAACAGGAAAUAACAGAUCUCUCUACCAGGCGGUUGAGAAGUCAACAGGAAAUAACAGAUCUCUCUACCAGGCGGUUGAGAAGUCAACAGGAAAUAACAGAGCUCUCUCUACCAGGCGGUUGAGAAGUCUAAAGAGGGUCAUACCAGCAAUGCCAUAUUAGAAUGUAAUUUGCAUACCAUUUUACUAAUUUCAACAAUAUAGUUUUUAAAUACUUUAGAUCUGCUAUGGGUCAAAUAAUGACUGAUGUCAAAUGUUAAUAAAAUAUGGUCAUCUUA